AUGAGCCGAGCCUCGUACGACUCGGCGAGUGUCACCAGUGGUAGAAGCCCGGCAUCGAACUGUCCGGCUAUAAACCAAGACCAUCCGGAACUGGAUGACCUAGAUACACUCGUACUCCAAGACGACAUAAAUUUACAAGCUGAAAACACUGAGAAUGAGGCGGAGCAACUUCCAGAGUGCAUUAAAGAGGUAUUAGGCAUUGACACUGACACAGAAAACAAAACAGUCCUAUCAUCUCAAUGA